AUGAAUUAUGAGCCCAAUACUUCUCUUAAUCUGAGUUCCUUAAAAGAUAAGCCAAAUCUAAACCUAGCACUGGACCCUUUGUCUUCUUCAUCAUCAACACCUUUGGAACCAGUACGAGUUUUUUCUUGCAACUUUUGUGGAAGGAAAUUCUACAGUUCACAGGCUCUUGGAGGACACCAAAAUGCUCACAAACUAGAGAGAACCUUGGCCAAGAAAAGCAAAGAAUUAUGCUCCGCGGUUAAGCCACACGCCGGGAUGAACCAGAGGCAGCUUUCAUCAGGAGGUGCUGGUGGCGGCCGGAGCCACUUGCCGGGGCCAUUCGUCGGAAUUGAUCAGCAAGGACAUGCUGGUAGGUUUAACAGUGACAUGAAUUAUGAAAGAAGAAAUUAUUGGAAUGAUGAAUACAAUCAGGGAGGGAGUGUUGAAGAAGACCACGGCCAGCUUGACUUAACUCUAAGGCUUUGA